UCCGCUUUCUUUGAUCGUUGAUUUACAAAAGUGGGUUCUGUUCCAAUUAUUCUCGCUAUUCAUUGCCACACUGUCAUCAUGGAUACACCUCAAGAUGGGAUAUCGCCUGGGCAUACAAAUUUCCAGUACCUUCAACCAUUUGGCUUCCCAGUACCAUCAUCACCUCACCAUCUCCCGCUCUGGGACCCCUCAUCCCCGAUUCCCCAGCGCUACGACGAAGAGCCAUCAACCAGCUUCCCCCAAAUUACUCUCCCAAGCGCAGAGCUCGAGAGUCUCUCCCUGAAAAGGAAUCCCUGCCCCCUAUGCAAAGGCAAGAAAUACGGCUUCACCUCCUACUUCCACAACCGCUCUAUCUUCCCCUCGCCACCCCACGAGAUCCUCGCCCUCGUUGAAGAAUCCUACCUCCUGAAGGACCGUCUCAAAAGCCUCCUAGUCACCUACGCCAUGCGCGAUGUCACGCCGGGGAAUCUCUCAACUAUCAAGGACGAGGUCAAUAACUGGGGUCAUUGGGUCGGUGUCCUGACCUGCGAUGUCAUGACUGCGGCCGCCUUCCCGCUCCGGAGGGAGCCGCUCGAUGCCGUGCGCGCCUGGAGAGAGAUGAUGGUGUGGCGCUUGAUUCAGCAUGUGGAGGGUAAGGAAAGGUUAGAGAUGCCGAGGGGGAGGUUGGCGGAGCUGUUGUUGGAGUUUCGGAUGGUGUGGGAGGGGGUCUGGAAGGGGAGCAGUGACCACGCCCCUUGGGCGUGGGCGGGGCGGUGGGGCAGCGGGGUAGCAAUUCUGGGGAAUCUGCGCGCAUAA